UUUGCCUGAGGGAGCAGCAACAACUCGAAAUCGCCGCUCAUAAAUUGAAACAUUCAAGCGGUCAAACAUGUGUUACGCAUCAAAUCGACUGAGGCAUUAUGUUAGGCACUUCGGAACAAACAAUAUUCAUGGCAGCGUGGCAAGAAACGAGAAAAAACGUCCGUUUGCCGAACUGCGCGGCCCAUCGCAUAUCCCGUACAUUGGAUUUAUCAAUGAUAUUUUAAAUUUAGGUCAUCCAAAAGACCUCCACCGGACAAUUACAAAAUAUCACAAGCAAUUUGGACAGAUUUUCAAGAUCAAGAUAAGUACUAUAGAUGCUGUGUUUAUCAGUAAUCCCGAAAUGAUGCGCAACGUAUUUGCCUACGAAGGCAAAUUCCCCAGGCACCCGUUACCAAACGCUUGGACCUAUUACAACCAAAAACACAACUGCAAGCGUGGCCUAUUUUUUAUGGAUGGAGAGGAAUGGCUUCAUUAUCGGCAGAUUCUCAAUAAUCUCAUACUGCGGGAUGCAAACUGGAUGGCAGGGCCUGUGGAAAAGAUAUGUGAUCGCACUAUUAACAGCAUGCUGGAUGACGUUGAUUUCGCGGAUGGAAAACAUUUGAUUCGAAUUGAUAACAUGGAAGAAAAAUUAUACAAAUGGUCAAUAGAAGUGAUACUAAGCAUUAUGCUAGGAAAUUCUUACAGUGAUGAAACCGCUAAGAGGAUCGAAAAUUUAGUCAAAACGUUUGCUGGAACAGUAUACAAUAUUUUCCUGUAUAGUUCAAAAUUGAUGACUGUUCCCCCAAAAAUUGCCGACAUCUUGCAGCUGCCAGCAUGGAAGCGGUUCGAGCAAGUGGUUCCUGAGACGUUGGAAAUUGCUAGCACGAUCAUCAAUAAUAUUCUUGAUGAAGCUGAGCAUGGCGAUGGUCUUCUUGUAAAAUUGCAGAAAAAUAUUUCUUCAAGAGAAGUAUUGAUUCGAAUUUUUGCGGAUUUGAUGAUUGCAGCUGGUGAUACGACUGCAUUUUCAACAUUAUGGAGCACUUAUUUACUGGCAAAAAAUUUAGAAGUUCAGGAGCAAGUGAGGUCUGGCAUCGGCGAAGGUGAACUCGAAUCAUCACUUAUUCGAGGAACAGUGCGCGAGGCUUUGCGAUUGUACCCUGUAGCCCCAUUCAUUGGACGUUUUCUGGAUAGCGAUGCCGUGAUUGGGGGAUACUGUUUACCCGCCAAUACUUUAGUGCUGCUAUCGCUGCAUACUGCAGGUAGAGAUGCUGAUAACUUUUACUCACCUCUAAAAUUCCUGCCGCAAAGAUGGGUGAGAGACAGCAACAAAGGAUAUCCGUUUUCUCCAUGUUCUGUCCAUGCGUCGUUACCGUUUGCUAUUGGAAGUCGCAGUUGUAUAGGGCGCAAAAUCGCUUUGUACCAAAUGCACGUACUAUUGACCAAGGUAUCAAUCUAUUUUCUCCAUACGCAAAUGCCCGCACCUUGGCCUUAAUCCCGGCCAUAAAAUUCUGCACAACCUGUGAAUCAACCGUUUUUUGCAUGUAACCCAUAAUAAACAAGAUAAUGCGAGUGGUAAUACGAUGCAACCGAUAUACUCCUAGUGCUCUUAUGCUUGAUAUGUUGCAAUGGUUGUCAGUAAAGCAGAGGAUUGCGUAUAACAGUAUGAUUUUUAUCUACAAAAUUAAAAAAGGAAUGUUACCAUCUUAUUUAUUGGAAGGUCUGCAGUACGGAGUUGACAUACACGGAUACAAUACAAGGAGAGCCCAAGAUUUCAGAUUACCAAAUACGAAAAAAGAGAUGACCAAACGAUCUGUGUUCUACAAUGGACUGAAAAUGUAUAACAGCCUACCACGGAGCAUCAAAGACAGUUCAAACUUGAAUAUUUUUAAGAAGCUGACAAUAGAUUAUAUAAAACAUACAGUUUGAAACAAGGACUAAUCCUAAAAAGGAUCAUACAAUAGUGAUGAAGAUCUGGCGGAACAUCAGAUAGAAAUUUGUACGGUGAUGGACAUACGCGGGAGUAAGACGAACAAGUCGUACAGAAAUUGACAACAUAAGUAAACAAAACAUAUUAUCCUAAGGAUAAACUGUCUCUCCUUCUUCAAAAGAUG